AUUAACCCCAUUUUACAGCUCAGGAGACUCCAAGAGUUUUGUUGUGUCACAUAACCUUUCUGCGGCAGAGACAGUAACAGGGAGGGGGCAUAGCACUUCCUAGCUCCCUCACCUGGGUUGUAUCACACUUCUCUGCUGCAGUUUGUUUAGUGGCAGUGGGCUGACGAAUGCUCUGAACAGAGUCACUGCAAGACUGGAUUUAUAGAUUCCAAGGCCAAAAAGGACUAUUGAUAACCCAGGCCAGAGCCCUGCCCCACAAUGAUCCCUAGAGCGGAUCUUUAAAAAGCCAGUCCUGAUGAUUUAAAACUCGCCAGUCCUGAACUCCUGGUAAAUUGUCCCUCCCUACUAAAGCCUUACACCUUACUUCUAAUCUGAAUUUGUCCAGCUUCAGCUCGCAGCCCUGAGAUCCCAGGCAUUUUUCCCUGCCGGAGCGCAGAACCCGUCACCGAAUUUCUGUCCCCGAGGCAGCCACUUAACUGUAACCAAGUCAGCCCGGCCCUCGCUCAGCCCCCGAGCACGAGAAAAGCUCGGGAGACCCUGCCGCAGCAGGAGGCCCAGGGCGCUGGUGACUCCACCCCAGCGAGGGGCUCUCUGAAGCCCCAGCUCCCGGAGCACCAGCACGGGAAGAAGCUGGGGGUCCCUGUCCCCGCGGGUUUCUAGCUCCAGCAGAUGCCGGCGGCAGCUCCUGCUGCCAACCCACCACCAACAUGCUACCGCCGCGGCACCCAGCCCCAACGCGGCUUCUCGCCCCUGGCUUUUAAAUAGCAGCUCCCGCCCUUCACGAUCGAGCGGCCUCCUCAUUGGCUACAAGCGCUGAGACUGGCGUCAGAGCCCAGCCUAUCGCUGCUCUCCACGAGCCUCUCCGGCGCCGGAGACGUGGAGCUGAACGGGAAACACCGCCGGAAGAGAGGGCGGGGCUAGGGGAGACGGAUAGGCCGGGAGGCCAAUGAUAAGGGGAGGCCGGGAGCGGAGUAGCCAAUGGUGGUGAGCGGGGGUGGGGCAGGGCGGAGCGCGGAGACGAGCCCGGGUCGGGUGCGAUCAGGAACCGGCAGCCGGAAGCCCCGGAUGGCGCGGGGUCUGACCCAUGAGAAAGGAGAUGCUCCUUGUGUCCACCCCUGGGACCAGAUGAAUCUCUUGUCGAUGGCUGUGGUGGCGGAUCCUGAGCUGAAAUGGAUGAGUCUGUGGCUCCGUGUCAGAUGGGCAGCAGUGCUAAUGGUCCUGGUGGGCUCUCUGUUGGUGCUGUUGCUCCCACUGGCUGCAGUAGAAGAGCAGUGUCAGGCCGUGCUCAAAGGACUCUCCUUCCUGAAAAAUAAAUUGGGAGUAGGCUAUGUAGGGAUUACCAGGUACACAGGGCAGACAACUGGACUCAGUGUGACUUCAGGUAGAUUAGAGCUGAUGGUGCUGAAAUCCAAACCCUCCCCAGAAAUCAAAUUAGAAGCCAAAGCAGCUUUGAAUCAAGCCCUUGAAAUGAAACGGCAGGGGAAGCGUGAGAAAGCCCAUAAACUCUUCAUGUACGCCCUCAAGAUGGAUCCAGAUUAUGUGGAUGCUCUGAAUGAGUUUGGCAUCUUUUCUGAAGAGGAGAAAGACAUCAUUCAAGCAGACUACUUGUACUCCAAAGCACUGACCAUUUCUCCUUGUCAUGAAAAAGCUCUGAUCAAUCGGGACCGAACUCUGCCCCUGGUUGAAGAGAUAGACCAGAGAUACUUUAGCAUUAUUGACAGCAAAGUUAAAAAAGUGAUGUCAAUCCCCAAAGGCAAUUCAGCCCUGCGUCGAGUGAUGGAAGAGUCCUAUUACCACCAUAUUUAUCACACAGUUGCCAUUGAAGGGAACACAUUAACACUCUCUGAAAUCCGGCACAUCAUUGAGACCAGAUAUGCUGUUCCUGGGAAAAGUCUGGUGGAGCAGAAUGAAGUCAUUGGUAUGCAUGCUGCUAUGAAAUAUGUAAAUACCACUCUGGUAUCCCGAAUAGGCUCCGUAACCACCAGCGACAUUUUGGAGAUACACAGGAGAGUGCUGGGCUAUGUGGACCCGGUGGAAGCUGGGAGGUUUAGGACUACCCAGGUGUUUGUAGGACAUCAUAUCCCACCCCAUCCUCAAGAUGUUGAAAAACAGAUGCAGGAGUUUGUACAGUGGAUCAACUCCGAAGAUGCCAUGAGCUUACACCCUGUGGAAUUUGCUGCCUUAGCCCAUUAUAAACUGGUCUAUAUACACCCAUUUGUAGAUGGCAAUGGAAGGACUUCACGCCUGUUAAUGAAUCUCAUACUAAUGCAGGCAGGCUAUCCACCCAUCACAAUCCGUAAGGAGCAAAGGGCAGAGUAUUAUCAUGUCUUAGAAGCAGCCAAUGAAGGAGAUGUGAGACCUUUCAUACGCUUCAUUGCAAAAUGUACUGAGACCACUUUAGAUAUGCUGCUUAUUGCCACAACAGAAUAUUCAGUUGGUUUACCUGAGGCUGAUGGCAGCACUGCUCGAUACAAGCAAACUAUUCCAGUCAAAACUUGAAUGUUAUGAUGAUCCAAUGACAAAAUGAAUGUGUUGAGUAAUAGAAAGCUUCUCAGCGUUCCUGUUGAGAAACUCCUCCACUAGAGGAGAAAAUCACUCUUAGCAUUUCAUUUAUUUAAAGUUUAGUAAAUUAAUAUACUUUUUUAUAUCUAUUAUCCUUAUGCCAAGCUAAACUGUGAAGCGUUAGUGUUGAAUGUGCACUAGGUCCAGCUUGUGUUACUGGAGGGGAAAGGAGAAAGAAAUCCAAAGUGAGGUCAAUUUGCAAGUGUGAUCCAAGCUGUAGUAAAACUGAUUGAAUUACUUUCUACAAUCCUCUACGAGAUGGCUUCCUAAAGCCAACACCUUGUAAUUGCCUCGAUGCCAAGUCUAUCUUCAUUUGUAUCGUACAGGGAAGGCACGAGCACUCUCUCUAAAAGUCACUGGUGGGGGGGGCUAGUAUUUUAUUGUAUUGCUGCCAUUAUCUUAUUUCGCUUUCCAACAGAACCCCUUCAGCCAGUGUUGUAGCACUUUAUUUAAAAGCUCUUUAGCAGAAUUAUUUUACAAUUGUCCAAAGGCUCAAGAUCUCCUUUCCUCCCUCACCCCACUGCCAAUGUGCCAUACUGCUCUCUAGGUAGCUAAUCUACUUUUGUUAAAAAUAACAUCUAAAAUUAGGGCUGCUUUUUUUUUUUAAAUUUUGUAUGUGCUGCCAUACUUUGUAUGGUGUGAGUUCCCUUUGUUUGGGUGAGUUUUAUGCAGCAAUGGGUGGGGGGUACAUUUUUUAAAGUUGGUUUGAGACCACUGUCCAGGGGAUUCAGGAGCAGCUGAACAACCCAUCUGUCCAAAUUUAAUUCAACUGGAUUGCAAGUUGAUUUUUUACAUUGUGUAUAAGGACCCGGUACUGCCUCCUGCAGCUUAGUAAGGACAGUAGCUUACCUAAUUCUGUAAGCAGCAGUUGUCAUGCCAUAGAAAGUGCCUCUUGCAAUGAACACUCCAGUUACAUGUUUGAAAAUAGGUAGCUUCUGCAAAACCAUGGGAAAUAAGUGUUCCUAUACAUGCUAGGAUUCAAGAUCCAACUCCACCAUUUGAGUAGAAAUAGUCUACAUCCCAGUUAAUGCAUUUUCAUCUUCAAAUGGUGUAAGAGGCUACCAGCCCUGACUGAUAGCUUUAACAAUUUCUAGAUCUCUUGCCUGCUACUGUGGGUGAGCUAUAUAUGUCAUCUCAACAGCAGGGAGAGGGCCACUUUCUGAUGCUAUAAUUUUGCAAGUACUCAGAAGCACAUCACAAACAAUGGCUUGCACUUAAGUUCCAGUAAAUUCUAAUACUAGAUUCCAGUUACUGUUUGUGUAAAUGCUUAAGCUGGCAAUAGCCAAUGAAACAAUGUCCAUAUACUACCAUGUUCUCAUCCCUGCUCUUGCUUUGAUAAAAAAAAAUUUGAAGCUUAUGACAGUAGCUCCUCAGACCCCUUGCCGCUAGUUAGGUGUUAGCAUGACAAAAAAAACGGUAGCAAACUGAAAAUAUAACAGCCCAAUGCAUCCUAGUUGAAUUACCUACAGCAGCAUCCUGAAUCUGAGAAUGCAAUAAGAUCUUUCCAGAGCUCACUAAUUGAUGGGUAUCAUAUAACCACUCCAUUUCUGAAGUCACAAAUAGCAGCUUGUAAUUGUUAUGCUACCUAGCUGUUUACUAUACACAAUUUCCCCCACUCUCUGACAAGUAUCAUUUCUUACUUAGAGGCCUGACAUGAAUCCUAUUUAAUAUCAAGUUUCAUAAUAAAACCAGGAUACCAAUAAAGUAUCAAAAUAUGGUGUUGCCUGUUAGCUCUCA